AUGGCCUCCGCAUCCCCCACCAACCCUUUCCCCUCAACACCGUACACCCCAAAAUACGAUAAAUGGCCGUAUACAGCCUCGGAUUUCCAGCGCUACGAUGAGAAUCCCGACGGCGAUUUCUACAAGCAACCGCGGCUAGUUACGCAUAUUGAUGACCCGGCUAUUGCACGCUUGACACAGUAUUACGACACAGUUCUGCCGCGGAAGGGCGAGAUGCUGGAUAUGUGUACGAGCUGGAAAUCAUUCUAUCCACCAUCCGUUAAAGAAGCGAUUCAAAAGGGUGAGCUAAAAGUUUAUGGCGUGGGGUUGAACAGAGAAGAGAUGGCACUCAAUGGAUGUUUUCUGGGCAAAGAGGAGAGGUUGAGGGUGCUGGAUUUGAAUGCGCCGCCGCAUGAUGUUAGAGCGGGGUGGGAGGAAGAGGAAUUGCAGUUUGAUGCUACGACGUGUGUGGUUAGCAUCGAUUAUUUGAAUGAGCCGCUGGAGGUUUGCAGGAGGUUGCUUGAGGCGACGAAGGAGGGGGGAACGGUGCAUUUGGUUAUUAGUAACCGUUGCUUUCCGAAUAAGGUUGUUAGGAGGUGGUUGAUGUUGGAUGAGCGGUCGAGAUUGGAGUUUGUGGGAGAUUAUCUUCACUUUUCUGGAUGGAAAGAUGUGGAGAUUGUUGAUCUUUGCGCGAGAGAUGAGAAAGGCAUGCGAGUCACGGAUGAUCAGGGCACGGUUCUUAUACGCUCACCACAUCUUCCAGACCACCUGGACCCAUUGUGGGUAGUUCGGGGUACAAAUCAAGCGUAG